AUGGCCCCACACUGGAUCAAGCUGCUCUUGUCAUUUCUUACCCUCUGGGGCCUCGCCAUGGCCCAGAACAAUGACCUGAACCAGGCCAUUGGCAUGAUGAACCAAGCCCGCCAAUCUCGAGGGCUCAAGCCUCUGCUUUGGAGCAAUGACUUGGCCAACGGUGCUACUUUCUGGGCCCGUGAGAUGGCCAUUGGUGCUGCGGGUUUCGCGCAUGCACCUGUGCAGUUCCGGCCCAACCAGGGCGAGACUCUCUAUGAACGUCAGUCGGCAAGAUGUGAUGCUGCAUACGACGCCCCACUCCAAGCAGCCGCAACGGCCUAG